CAUUUUGUGCCAGGAUAGGCUCCAGCACCCCUGCAAUGGGAUAAAGCAUUAGAAAAUGGAUGGAAAAGCCACAUGUAAACAAUGGUAAAAGGCCACAGCAAACAGUCAAUCAAGUGCCAAGAUCAAAAGAACCAAAAAAUGAUGCCAAGCAGGAAGAACGUGACUGAAGCCAAGUGAAUACAGGCAUCACCUUCAGAAGACAAAGUGCCUUGGCAGGUGUCAUUCUGAAGAGCCGAUUGAAGAUGGGUAGAGUUCUGCUUGUCCUCGCAGCACUGCAGCUGCUGUGUUUCGAUGAGUUGGUCAAGGCUCAAACAGGACAAUUCUACUCAUUUGGGAUCAACAGUGGAGACGCGGUCAGCCCCCAGAUUGAUGAUGGAAGCUCUCCUGUAGUCUCCCUUGCUGUCAGCUUUCCCUUUUUUGGACAAAUAUACCGCCAGUUAUACGUGAACAACAAUGGCUUCAUAACAUUUGACAGUCCCUCAAGUACCUAUGUCCCCUUUCGAUUUCCAGCCCGCUCAGGCAUUGAUAUCAUUGCACCAUUCUGGACAGAUCUUGACAACAGAAACAAUGGGAUCAUCUCAUACCGACAGAUCACCUUUGGAAGUGUCCUUCAACAGGCUACACGUGACAUCAACCAAUACUUCCCUCAGAUUCAAUUUACAGCCAGAUGGGUUUUUAUAGCAACUUGGGAUAGAGUGGCCUACUACCCAACCAGUGGAACGGAAACUACAUUCCAGGUCGUUCUCAUCUCAGGUGGAACAUAUUCAUUCGUUCUCAUGAAUUAUGGAAUUAUAGCAGCAACUGGCAGAGGUGUGGAGGCUGGAUACGACACAAGAACCUCAGACCACCAUUUUCUCAUCCCUGGAUCUUUUGAAAGCAACAUUACCAAUCUGAUGCACACCAGCAACGUCAAUGUUUUGGGACGCUGGGCAUUUCAUACCGAUUCUGGAAACACCGGCUGCAUGUUUAAUGGCAAUCCAGUGCAAGUGGGAGACAGCUUUUGGAGUGACAGUACAUGCCAGAGUAAGUGCACCUGUGUGAGCAGUGGCAAUCUGAGAUGCCAAAGUCAGCCGUGUGGCUUCGACCAGGUGUGCCAGGUCUCCACUUUCCAGUACUCCUGCCAGACUGUGCAGAGAAGGACCUGCACCAUUGCAGGGGACCCCCACUACUACACCUUCGACGGCAGACUCUUUCACUUCCAGGGCACCUGCACAUACGUUCUCUCCCAGACCUGUGGCAGCAGAGCCCAGGG